AUGCUGUCAUCAAACGCAAGAAUAUUCAACGCACCCCCAUCACUAGAGGAAUUUGAUCGUCUCUGCUCCCAAACCACCAACCCAGAGACAUACCCUCUAGCAACAGAAAUCAUCAAAAACGUACCCAUAUACGAUCUCCCAGCAUACCAGUCCCAAAUCAGCGAGUCAGCCGUCAUCAGCAACCUACAAGAAGAAUGGUACCGCAUCCUCCUCUCCGGGCCAGGCGUCUUCGUCUUACGGGGCAUGUAUCGCAACGAACAAACCCUCUCCACAACCACCCAAAUUUACGAUCAAAUCAUCUCCCUUGAAAGCAAAUCCAAAAAGCAAGAAGGAGACCACUUCGCCGCCUCACCCAGCACAAACGAUCGUAUCUGGAAUUCGUUCGCCAAACACGCCUUGCUCAACCCGGCGAGUUUUGUGGCGUACUACUCCAACCCUUGGCUCGCGCACGUAUCGACCGCCUGGCUCGGUCCUGCGUAUCGAAUCACGGCGCAAGUCAACGUCGUCAAACCAGGCGGAAAACAGCAGAAUUCGCAUCGCGAUUAUCACCUGGGAUUUCAAGACGAUGCGUCGUGCCAGCAAUACCCGAGAAGUAUGCACGUCGCAAGUCAAUUUUUGACUUUGCAAGGAGCGAUUGCGCAUACAGACAUGCCAGUUGAAAGUGGGCCGACGUGGUUGUUGCCCUUCAGCCAGAGAUUCGAGGCUGGAUAUCUUUCUUAUCGGCGCGCCGAAUUCCAGAAAUAUUUCGAGGAGAGGUUUGUCACUGUCCCGCUGCAAAGGGGGGAUGGCGUGUUUUUCAAUCCGGCGCUGUUCCAUGCUGCAGGCGCGAAUGAGACAACCAGUAACCAAAGGGUUGCGAAUUUAUUGCAGAUUAGUUGCGCGUUUGGGAAGGCGAUGGAGAUGGUUGAUUGUGUGCCUGUGGUGGAGAGGUGUUGGGAUCAUGUUUUGAGGUUACACAAAUCAGUGUCGCCCUUUUCUACUUCUGAUGGUGAAGUAUUAUCGCUAGAAGUAUCGUCCCUCGUCCAAGCCAUAGCAGACGGAUACCCGUUCCCUACGAACCUGGAUCGCAGGCCCCCUGCGCCUAGCGGGCUUGCGCCGGAGAGUGAGCAGGAUGUUUUGAGGCGCGGGUUGAGAGAGAAGUGGACUGGGCAGAGAGUUGUUGCUGAGUUGAGGCAGAUGAGGGUUGAGUCGGGCGAUGAUAGUGCGCUUCUCUUAGGGUUGUAA